UCUCUCUCUCUCUCUCUCUCUCUGUUUUCCUCUCUCUCUCUCUUUGUUGCCUUACAGUCAGUGGAGUGUUUACUUAUGCUUUCCUAAAUGGCGGAGGAAAUUUUAAAAGAGCCUGAUGGGAAAAUUAGAGGGCAUUUAACCCUGUCCCUGCUGGCAGUAGCGUUUCUCUCCUCCUUUGGCAGCUCUAUGCUUUAUGGCUAUAACCUGGCUGUAGUCAAUUCUCCUGCUCAGUACAUAAAGGAAUUCUUUAACCGCACAGCAGUGAGGCGUAAUGGGACCGGCCUGAGUCAUGACAGCAUUACAGUGCUCUACUCCAUCACUGUAUCCAUCUUUGCAGUUGGGGGUCUGCUGGGCUCCCUGACCGUCGGAAUGCUGGUCUCCAAAUUCGGGAGGAAAGGGACGCUGGUGAAGAGCACAGUUUUAGUAUUUGUAGCUGGUGCUCUGAUGGGUUUCAGCAGAAUAUGUGGCUCUCCAGAGAUGAUCAUCAUAGGCCGAUUCAUCACAGGGCUUCACUCAGGAAUCUCCCUGAGUGUAGUGCCCAUGUACCUGGGAGAGAUCGCACCAAAGAACCUCCGUGGCUUCCUGGGCCUCAUGCCUAGCAUCUUCAUCUGUAUUGGAGUUUUUAUCGCUCAAAUUCUGGGACUCCAUGAGGUCCUGGGCAAGGAGGAGCAUUGGCCUCUAUUCCUUUCUUUAGUUGUGGCCCCGACCUUCAUUCAACUAAUGCUCUUACCAUGGUUUCCAGAGAGUCCUCGUUACUUGCUGAUCGAGAGACAUAAUAUUCAUGCUACUAUCACAGCUCUGAAGUGGUACCGAGUGAAAGCUAAUAUCCAGGCGGAGGUGGAGGAGAUGCAGGAGGAGCAACGCUCACUCUCUUCAGUGCAGACCAUCUCAGUCUGUGAGCUGCUCAGAGACCAAACCGUACGCUGGCAGGUCAUCACUGUCCUGGUGAUCAAUGCAGGCAUGCAGCUGUCUGGCAUUGAUGCGAUCUGGUUCUACACGAACGCCAUCUUCGAAAAUGCAGGAAUCUCUGUCACUCAGGUUCAGUACACAACAGUGGGGACUGGUGCCAUCGAAGUUAUUGCUGGACUCGUUGGGUGUUUCACGAUUGAACGAGUAGGUAGGAGGCCACUAAUGAUUGGUGGAUUCAGCUUUAUGGGCGUGUGCUGUGCAGGCAUCACCCUCUCCCUCAUAUUACAGGCUCAUGUGCCCUUCAUGCACUAUGUCAGCGUGGCAUGUGUGGUCGGCAUUAUUGCAGGAUUCUGCAUCGGGCCUGCUGGAGUGCCUUUCCUGAUGACAGGCGAGCUGUUCAAGCAGUCUCACCGACCUGCGGCUUUUAUUGUGGGGGGGUCGCUUAAUUGGAUAUCCAACUUCACGGUGGGCUUUGUCUUUCCAUUCUUACAGAUGUCUGCAGGUGCAUUUUGUUACCUGAUCUUCUUUGGUGUUUGUGUGGGCGUGGCGGCCUACGUCUACUUCAUCAUCCCUGAGACAAUGAACAAAACAUUUGUGGAGAUCAGUCAGAUGUUCGCAUCCAGAAACAACUGUGAACUCGAGACGGAACCGCUGGCCUUGGCCGACCAGCUCAGCCUCAAAAAGAUGAAUGGAUAUGGUGCAGUAGAAGCUAAGAUGGGGCAUAAGGAGCUCCUAGAGGAGAAAUACACAUGGAGUGAUGAAGAUGAGGAGUAGAGGGACUAAUGUAGAAAUGGGAAGAUGUCUGUCUGUUUGUGAGAGAGUGACUGAAUAUCUUUGGUGCUAUAGAACACAACUGCUCCUCAGUCACUGUAAGAGCAGAGGCAGUUCCGCUAUGCCAGAAAGGGGUUUGAUGCUAAAAUACUGUUAACUGAGCAUGACUCAAAGCCUAUUUUACAUCUGCAUAUGUUCAUUUGAAAACAUGUAAAAUUUUUCAACAGCUGUUAAGAUCUGUUAAGAAAGACUUGAAUAUUCCAUUGGAACAUCUUGAACGGUGGCUCAUCACGUGGUGUAAAGACUCUGCCAACAUUUAGUGAUGUCAAAUGUUUGUUUGAGUUCUCUACAAAGAACACGAGCGAUUAUUUUUAUCUCAGGAAAUGUAUUUUUGUCAUCCAGCCCCUUUAAAAUAUUUUCCAGCAUAAUUAGUGUCCUUCUGCUUGAUCGGAAAAAAAAAUGCUAUAAAAAAUUCCAGUUACUGUUUUAAGCGCAGCAGAUUUUAAUUUUGAUUCAUAUCAAAUGCCUUUCUGUUACUGGUUCAAAUAUGGCUCCAGACCAUUUUGCCAAGGAGACGUUGGUUUUCUGGAUAACAAGGCAGUAUGAGUGGGCAAUAUGACAAUAUGACAAUAUUUGUCAUUUUCAUAAUAAACACGUUAUAAUAAUCACAUUGCAUGACAAUGCACUUUCCUAAGCAUGUCAUGACUUGUCAUCCUCUAUUUAUCAUGCAUUUUAUUUUUUCACAGUUUUUUCACAUUUUUCAACCUCUCUUUACCUCUUAAAAUUAAACAGGCUGUUUUUACAACUGUGCCUUGAAGUCUGAAAUAUGUGCUGUAUCUCUGUUCUGAUUGGCUGCCCUGCAUUAUUCCUCAUUCAAAAAGCAGUUCAGGCUGAAACACUCCUUAUAACUUCAGCAUGAAUGGGCGGGGCUACACUGCUGUAGGCUGAAUAGGUGGAUAUAUGUGAAUGUGUUGGUUUUUGUGACAUCACAAAAACAAUUAAUUCAAAACAGACUCUUAAUCCAACUUGGUUUCUAUAUAUGUGCUGUGUGGCCUGGGGAGUGAAUGGUAAGUCUUGAGACAUAUGUUUACAUUUUACAUCAAACUCUUUAAAAAAAAAACUCUUUAAAGAACUCCGAUAACGGCAUGUUUUAUUGCACUGAGAGUAUAAUUAGUUCUGUUUAAUUGAAUCCAUUGCAGCUUCGUAUGUGAAACAUUGAAUAGAAAUCAUUGUAUUCAAGUUUUUGAUAGUGAUUUUUCUGGCAUUAUUUUAUCAAACCACAGAAAAACAACAUAUCAUGAUUUACAUAUGGAAUCAACAAAAUGUCUUAAUGUAUUGUGAUGUUAUAUUUUUGUCAUAUUGCCCACCACUUCACAACUUCGCUGUCCCAGCAGUCUAGUUGAGCUAUUCCUUCAGUAGCAUCUAGAGGGAAUGUAGUGGCCGAUUUUGAGACCAAGCAGUGUUAAAAUCUAACUUUAAUGUAGCUGGUUUUAUACUAUGAAUUUGAAUAUUUUGUCACUUCAGUCAAUAGUAAUUUGGGAAAUGGGUAGAUGUGUCAAUUUUGUCUAAAACGUCACUGAUUGUUUAGCUUUAUAUUCAUAUUUUCAAAUUCUUAGCUUUUCUCUUUUAAAAAACACCCCAUAUCCCAUAUAUACAAAAUGUCAGCUUACCUUUCUAAAUCUGGCCUGCGCGAUGGACGUUUUCCUGCCUGUUCAUAAUGCCUUAUUUAUAAUAUCAGUAGAAGAUGUUGAGCUUCAUUUGACAUUUUCUUCUCCUUUUUGCAAAGGAGUGCAUAUCCAUGACUACAUUGAUAGUCUCUGUAUCCAGUGCCUGAAGACUGUACUGUACCUUUAUGACUUACUUUUAAAAUGUUGGAGUACUGUACUUUCUGACAGUUUUACCUCUUUUGCCACAGUGUAUAUACAUGAAAUCAUACUAUGCACAUGUCUAGCCAGGUCCUGUCCUGCUUGAAAGGUACCUGAAAAGAUGGUGUCCUGGAAACAUUCUAAACAGUAUCUCCCCACAGUAAAAAAAUAAAAAAUGAAAUGUUUUUAAAAAGAUAAAAAUGUUGUCUCUCAGUAUUGUUUCCUUAAUCUUAUGAAUAUGAGUAAAUUUACACUUUCUCCAUUUGCCUGUCAGUUGCCUCCAGUGUAAAAUAUACAGUUUCU